AUGGCCACGACUUCAACCAGCUCAGGGGAAUUUUCUACGACAAAUUCAUCGUGUCGGAGUAACUGGGUCUUGAACCGUGAAGGAUGCUGCAUAAAGAUCGCAGAAGGCAAAGGAAGAGGUGUUUAUGCAUCUCGCGUUAUACCACCCCAGACCGUAAUCGAAGUUAGCCCUGUGCUACUUUUCACCAGAACUGAGUAUGAGGACUAUGGAAGACAUACGAUCCUGGACCAUUACACGUUCAAAUGGCGAGAUGGACGAAUGGCUCUCGCCCUUGGGCUCGGCUCCCUUUUCAAUCAUUCGAGCCAUCCAAAUUUGUCAUACAUGAUCGAUCCCGUUCAUGAGUGUAUCAGGUAUACGUCGGCAAGGACAAUCAACCCCGAGGAAGAGCUGUGUAUCUUCUACGGACAUCAACUCUGGUUUGAUCCCGUGGGCACCACAGAAAAUUUGAAACCUCAAGUCUGUCUCGACCAAAGUGACCAGUCUGAAUUUCUUGAUAUUCUGGCUAUCGAUGGUGAGGUGGAUGAGAUUGAACCACGGGAUACUGGCGACCCGAACGAUGAUAUCCUGGAAGGCGAGGCUCUUCCGUUCAUUUGGAAGAAGCUUCAAAUAGAUGAAGAAGAGGAGUCAAUGGAAGACAUUAGGACAAUGCAUGCCUGGGCGGUUGACAUCCCGGACUUGAAAUAUAUAGCGACGAUGUUAAAAUGGCUGAAACAGUCAGGUCUCGAGAGCGAUACCCUGUCACAUCUCAAACGCAUCAGGAAAAGAGAUAGUAUCACCACGCUCCUGCUCAGCGUCUCGUCUUCGGUCCCUUUACUUCCUACGAACGUUGAUAUCGGAGAUCCUUAUCAGAUUCCUGUCCCCUGCAAUCCCGCUUUAACACAAACGUCACUUAUCUUUAAAAAUACGUUGUGGCCUACUGUAUACGCACCACGGCGGAAAUGGGAACCCGCAAAAUGGUCUAUUGCUAAAGUCCAAUGGGCUCGUAAUGCCGUCAGUCAUAUCUUGCGAAAUACCGCUCAGACAACGUCAAGUGACGAGCUUCCAGUUAUUGCACACGUGCCCAAGCCCUUCGAAGACGAAGCCUUGUUGUCUCGGUCAUUUACAGCCAAAGAUACGCGUAUGUCCACUGGGCAUCCUUUACGCCAUGCCGCAAUGAACAUCAUUCGAAACGUGGCUGAUUGGCGUGCAAAAACAUCCCCCACCGAUCUUCUACCCGACCCUGCUGCUUCUCCUUCUAACGGCAGCCUUGGAAUCUCAGACACAUCGUGCAAUGGCACGAAUUACCUGCUAACUGGGCUUACGCUCUUCAUAACUCACGAACCAUGCAUCAUGUGCAGCAUGGCCCUGCUGCAUUCGCGCGUCAAAGAAGUUUUCUAUAUCGUCCCCAUGCCACGAACAGGAGGAUGCGGUGGAUCUGAAUGUCUGCCUGCACUCAAAGGUGUUAACCACCGCUAUAACAUCGCACAGUGGAGAUCAAGAGACGUUGAUAGUGCAGCCCCAGCACAUGUUGAUGAGCAGAUAGAUGUAUAA